UGUUUUUUCACCUUCUGUUUUGUUGAAGGUUUCCCUUGACAGAUGAAUGAAUUAAUGGAAGAAGAAUAAUAAAUAUUCCCCGGCUAAAAAUACAUGAUAAUGUAACUCUGGGUUGAAAAAUGAACCCGGGGACUCCUGACUCAACUAUCAACUAACAACAGAGAGCUAUAGAGGAAGAAAACAUAAAAUUUCAGUUCAAGAUGGAAGGUGACUUAACUUUAUGUUUUCUCUGUGGAAAACCUUCCUCUGAUACCUGCUCGUAUUGUCUCCAGGUUGGAUACUGUUCAAAGUAUCAUUUAUCAAAACAUAGAGCACAGGAUAGGUGUCUCCCGUUCCGUGUUGAAGUUAACCAGGAGAAGGGAAGAUAUGUGGUUGCUACCAGAGAUAUUGCUCCGUUAGAACUGGUGAUUCUUGAUACUCCAGGUAGUAUUGGACCUAAACAGUUUACUAAACCAGUCUGUUUAUCCUGCUUGAGCCCGGUAUCUGGAGAGUUCUCCUGCUCCUCCUGCAACUACCCCAUGUGCUCCCAGGAGUGUGCGGAGAACGUUAUCCAUACUCAAGGAGAAUGCAACAUUUUUCCAAGGUUUCCAGAUAUAAAGGAUUACAGUACAGUACAACCUCAGUACGAGUGUAUUGCUCCUCUCCGUCUAAUUCUAAACAAGAACAAGGAUCCACUUCUCUGGGAUAUGAUUAAACUACACAAGGAUCAUACUCAGGAUAGGAUCAGGAUUAAUCCCCAGUUAGUUCAAGAGGAGAGUUAUAAGAUUACAGGACUUCUCCUACAGUUCUGUAAUCUAUCCGGAGCAGGGUUUACGGAACAGGAUAUUAUCUUCUCCUCCUCCGUCCUUGCCACCCAUGCAGUAUCAGUAGGAGAGAACGGACGAGGAUUCUAUCCUGUGUUUGCAUUUAUGUCGCAUUCCUGUACCUACAAUGCUAGGCAUGUUAUUGAUGAGAGUAAUUGUAUACGGGUAUACUCACAAACACAGAUAAAACAGGGAGAAGAGAUAUGUAUAACCUACACCAGUCUCCUAUCCUGUACAUCUCAUAGACAGGAGAAACUAAGAAAUCUCUGGUUCUUCUCCUGUACCUGUGCCAGGUGUUCUGACCCUACGGAGCUAGGAACCUAUAUCAGUUCUGUAUCCUGUCCGUCCUGUCCGAAUAAUGGGUACUUGGUGUUGGAAAAGGAUGCCUGGAAGUGUGGAGAAUGUUCUCUUAAAGUUUCAGAGUCCUUGGUUUCCUCCCUUCUCCAGAGUACCAGGGAUAUCAUGGGAAACAGUCAAAAUGGAAUAGAGAAACAUGAACACUUUCUAAACCAAACCAAACAACUUCUACAUCCAAACAAUUAUCAGGUUUUGAUAACCGAGCGAAUAUUAUCCCAGUUGUAUGGUCGAGGCGAGGAUAAAGUACCAAGGGAGGAUUUACUUCGAAAGAUCGGUCUUUGCAAACAUUUACUCAGUAUAAUUGAGAUUUUGGAUCCAGGUUUCUCUCAAUUCCGAGGUUUAACUCUUUAUCAGCUUUUCCUAGGAGAAUACCAUCUACUCUUUCAGGAUAAGUUGAACCUGGAGAAUAUACUGGAGUCGGAACGGAAAGUUCUCCGUGAAACCCUGGAGCUCUGUAUGCGUUGUUUAAGCGUUGAACUAGAGAGCUCAACUAGUGGUCGAGUGUACACCAGAGCUAAAGGAUACCUGGAGCUGAUUAACCAAACCAAUGAAAAAUCUUAAUCUCCUUGUAUUGUGUGUUAAUUAUAAUACAAAUCAUCAAUAAAUUUAAUAGAAAUUA